AUGGACGGUGGUAGUGCUCCGCUCACUUCUGAGCAACAAAUGAAUGUGUUCCGAUUGCGCGACAAAAUGAGCCUUCUAAACGGCGAAUUUCUAAAAGUCCUCCAAGGAUUCUAUACAGAGAAGAAUCACUAUGACUUUGUAAGUUUUCGAUUAGUUUGUUCCCUUAAAAAAUGAUUGACUUUACAGUCGGGCACAAUGAAAUCGUACAUGGAGCACGUGAAACAGUUGAGAACAAUGUACAAAGUAGGCGACAACGAAGAAGCAACUGAAAUUCCAGCCCAGCCGGCUGCUGUUCGCACUGAAAAGUCGACAGAACCCGCAACCAUUCCGUUCCAACGCAAAUUCGCAAAGGCAAAUCGACGCAAUGGCUCGAAAGCGGCGGAAUCUCCGAAGCCGACAAAUACGACGAUCUUCGCCGCCUCGAGUCCGGCCGCCACUGCUCCAACCCUUCCGAAAUUCGGGUAACCGCUUCUUUCCCAUGCAGACCGUAAAUUGUUUUCUUUUCAGUGACAUUUCUGUGAUCACUAAGGAUGCUCCAACUCCGAUCUUUUCGAAGCCAGCUGUAAAGGCUGCUCCAGCUCCUGCUCCAAGUGAGCCGGUGGCUCCUGCUCCAGCUGCGGCCAGAAAACGAGCAAUUCGUGGCGGAGGACCACUCGGAGGAUCCGAGUCUGUCGUUUUCAAGUCAGGAGCCGCAGAGCAGCAGAAGAGCACUGCGUCGACCACAAAAAUCCCGGAUGUGACUAUAAAGUUUCCGGAGCCGAGCAAGGAUUUCUGGACGAAGGGCUCCGCGAGCAAGACCACCGACGCUCCCAGCGGUGGAGGAUCGCUCUUUGCGUUCCUCGGAAAAGAGUAUGUUUCAGAUUCGGAAAAUCGGAAUAAGCAACAUAUUUCAGAGACAAAGAGCCUGCGAAAUUCACUGGAUUCUCGUUCGGGAAGAAGCCGGAAACGGAUGAAAAGAAUGCUGACGAGCCGCCUGCGAAGCUUACUUUCGGAUCACCGAUCAACAAGGAAUCUACCGAGAGCCCAUCAAAACCGUCGCUCUUCGGCGGAAGUGUGAAGCCGUCGUUGUUCGGAAAACCACCCGGAUCGCCGCUAGAGGAGUCCUCCUCCAUCGCUCCGAAGCCGAUUGCCCCGCUGUCCUUCGGUGGCGGAAGUUCCUUGUUCGGAGGCUCUUCCACCUCAUCCGGAGCUCCGACUCUUUCUUUUGGUUCCGCGACGGGCACCUCCACUGUUCCCACUCUCUCGUUUGGUUCUGGAGCAGACUCCAGCACUGCUUCAACUCCGAAGCUCACAUUUGGUUCGGGCGCAGGCGGUCUAUUCGCCGGACUGGCUCAGAAAGCAAUGGACGGCCAGGUACAGCAGAAGACGGACGGCCGCGAGGACGAAGAGGGCGAAUACGUGCCGCCCAAGGCCGAAGCGGUCGAGAAUGAGGAGCCGGAUGCGGUGCUCAGCUCCAAGUGAGUAAUUUUUUGUGAAAUCUGGAACGAAAUGUUGCGUUUUCAGAGUAUCAGUGUUCAAGUUCGCCGACAAGGCGUGGACUAAGCUCGGCGUCGGAAUGCUGCACAUCAAGGACACUGACGGAAAACAGAGCGUGCUGAUCCGCGCGGCCACGACCACUGGGACCGUCUGGCUGAACGCGCUGUGCAACAAAGCGAUGAAAGCGACGAAGGCGGACGAGAAAGGCGAGAAGAUCCGUCUGACGUGCCCCACUUCGAUUGCCGAGAUGACGACGAUGAUGAUCCGAUUCGGAACUGCCGAGGGGGCCACCAAGUUCACCGAAAAGGUCGAAGAGCUCACGAAGUAG